AUGGCCUCAAAAUGCCUUGUUGAGUUCCGAGAAAAGAAGAUCGUCGUUCAUUUCGACGGGUCACUGACACGGCAAGAGCUCAUCGGAAACCUGCAGGCAUCGAGCGUCCUGGCGAAUGUCGACACAGCGCAGCUAAAGCUCACGGUGUAUGAUGAAGACUUCAAAGUAUUUGUAGAUGUCCCAGAUGACUUUGUCAUUAUCGACAAACUUAAAUUGCAACUAAAAGAAGUGAGCGAGUACCGAGUUGUGGAUGUUUUGGACGUUGAAGUAGCACAAAUGCCGCUGCAGCUAGCACCUACACUUACGUCAUACACACUCCCACCAGUACCGCUGGACAUCCAAAUGGCUGUUGAGAAACAUCGUGCUGGGAUGCACUUUGAAAAGAGGCAGCGACUCAUCCAGUGGUUGUUUCAUGACCUCUGCUCAUAUGGAAUGCAUCCAGGAAAGCUGUAUGAGGAAGCAAGCAAAGCGCUGGUAGCAAAAUACCCCAGUUUGGCUGACAGCACUGGAACUGGAUAUGAUUCUUGGAGGGAAUCGUUGCGCUUCAAGGCGAAGUAUGAAAGGAGAAAGAUAAAGAUACAGCGUGGAGAAAUUGUGCCUACCAAAAGGACCCCCACAAGUACAUUGGCCAGUGGCGAGACAAUGGCGAAAAGAAUGAAAAGACCUACUGCUGUAAGCAUCAGUUGCCUGGCGUUGGCAUGUAACAUCAUUUAG